AAAGUCGGAGGAGGAACGCGGGGAGGGAGGAGGAAGAGAAAGAAAACAAGAGCGUUGUCCGACGCCCUCCAUCAAGACGAGGAAAACAAAGCAUCUUUCGUAGCGCUAUGACUUACUACAGGCGCGUGAAUGAAAUCGUCCACGUUCCUUUUCUUGUCGUGUUUUCGAUUGCGCUGGCAGUGGCAUUCACACAUGUGAGCAACAAGGGUGAGGAUUUCGGUGAGAGCGAUGGAAGCGAUCAGACUACGUCAUCGAAUUGGGUCUGGGGGUACGGAGAAGGGAAGGACAUGGUGGUGCGGGUCAACUGCACCUCUUAUCGGCAUGUCAUGUACGAUACGGUAGUGGAGUUUGGGCAUGGAAGCGGAGGAGGCAUUGCUUUCCGAACGAGGGAUAGCGAACAACCGCGAUGGGUGUGGGAAGAUGGGUCGGUGGAGUUUCAAGACAAGCUCGCAUGUGAUGAUCUCGCAAGCUCGCUCAAGAAAUCCACGAAAAGGGGGAUUCCAAAGUACAGGUUCUUUAACAGAUACAACAAGGUGUUCUGGAUAGCAAGCAUGAAAGAUGGAGUUAUCACCUUCAGGAAUGCGUUGAAUCCCGUCUCGAUCCAACUGCAUGUAAGUGAUGGAUUUCCAAAGCCCUCACCCAGCCUUCCACUGCCUCCCCUCUUUCCCCUCUUCUCCUCCCUCAUUCGUUCGCCCUUCCCUGCUUCCCUACCUCACGUCUAUGCCGCCCUCCCUCCUUCCGUCUUUCUCCCCCUCCCCUCCCCGUCUCUCCCUUCCUGACUGACUCCCUCUCCCUCCCUGCACUUGUAUCCCUUACAGGGCGACGGCUUCACUUUCCAUGGGACGAAAGGAGUUCAAUUCAGCGUGAUCAAGGGCGAGAUUGUAGGGCAGUUGGUGAAUGCAACGGAGAAGAGAAACAUAUCUGGCUACAACUUCUCAGAGUUUGUUGUCUUAAAGAAUCCAGAACCACUACAAGAAGGUAAGAAGAAAUAAACCUCUGAUUUCAAUG